AUGACAUUGCGCCCCAUUGUUGUCCCAGCGUUGAGCUCUUGUCCCGCAGUCGGAUAUCUGCACCUUCUCGUUUUUGGAUUGGCUCCCACGCUUCUACCUCCGACGGAAAACCUUUUCCAUUGCUUCAAAACUACGCGCUUGGAAUGCGUAGGUCACUUGGAGACGCUGCGUGACACAGUAGCGUUGUCCAUUUGCCCUUGCAUCCUGGAAAUGGGCCAGCAUCUUUGUGGUCGGGGGCUCUCGCAGCUUGCUCUUGUGUUGGCUCCUGCAGAGCCUGUAGACCUUUUGAUCCUGGACAGCAACAGUUGUUUGUUCCACGUCUCCAGCUUCCACACCUUCCAGCGAAUUGAAUGGGGCGCCGCAUCGCUCCGGCUUAAGAACCCAAAUUGUUUCCUGUUCGUUUUCAUCCAUUCGACCAAGCAUUUUUUGCAAGCGCUCUUGCGCGUUCCAGGUUCCACUGGUCACGCCGAGGCUUGGCUAGGCCGGGCGCAGCCCACGGCUCAUGCAGCGUGCGUGGCGACCGUUCCAUUGAACCUGGCAGAACCCACGCUCACCGAGCGGCUCAGCCGUGAAGCGCUGACAGUUUUUACGCCAUGCGAGUUACUCACUUCCUCGCCAGACGCUGCCAGUUGCACAGCGGGUGCGUCGGGCCCUGCGCAAAUGGAAGACGACUCAGUCAAUGCCUGUAUAGCCUCGCCGGGCAACUUGCUUCGGGGUACACCUGAAGACUUCAACCGAGCUUUUGCAGACGUGUACCGCAAAGAUCCAGAAAGAGCAAAGCUGAUCUCUCGAUACAUCCUUGCCGACCUUGCCCCCUUCCCACAUGAGCAGCUGAAAAAUGCCUUGCCGGACGUCUAUUCAAUGACAGACAACCUUGCCCAAAAAGCGGGCUGCCCCUUUGAAUGGGCUUUCCUCCUUUUUCUACCCGUUCUUGGCACUGCGUGCUCCAAAGCCAGGCUGUUCAUCAACGAAUUUUUCCUCGUGCCGCCGCUGCUUUGGUUGGGCUUAUGCCUCGACAGCGGCGCCAACAAAAGCGGCAUCAUGACAGCCUUGGCAGACAUCGUCUCUGGCUUUGAAAAGGAGUUGCUCCAAAAGGCGCUGGACGAAGCUCGUAAGGAAGCGCAGCUGGCAGAAGAGGAGGAGGAUGCACACGGUGCGGAGCCAGAUGAGCCUUCGUCAAAAAAACGCAAGACCUCCUUGUCGAAAGCAUUGGCGGCCAUCCAGAACAACAAGCCCGCCUUGUUUUCCGACGAAGGCUCGUUGCCCGCCAUUGGCAUGCAAAUGGCGCACAACGGGCACCGGGCUAUUGGAUUAUAUGAUGAAGGCCGGUUCCUUCUCCGAGCGCUGGCCAACGGAGAAGGUUCCGGAUUUAAUGCCUCCACUAUGUCCAAGCUCUUUAGUGGCUCCAUUUGGAAAAGGACGGUUGUGAAGGAUAACAACCGCUUCUCCAUGCACCAGACAUGCCUUUGUUUAGCAAUGACUUUCCAUGUCGAGGAAUGGCAUGACUUUCUGGCCAAAGAUGGUGCCUUGGGCAUGCAAAGUCGGUUUCUCAUGUUUCACAGCAGCCCCCGCCUCGAGAAAGCAGACGCAGUCCUCGAACCUGCGGUGUAUUCCACGGGGGCUGCGCGCUCUCGAGGUGCGCCGGUCCUUCCAGCUUCAUUGCUCACCCAGUUUGUUUCUGUCCUCACAAGAAUCGAAAACGUUCACACUGCAAAUGCUCCUGAUUUUGAUGCGUCGCGGGAAUUCAUUCCAUAUUUCUUUGCCCCCGAUGCCUUGGAUUAUUUUCGAGAGCACUACGACGCCCAAGUUCUCACGCAAGAACAAUCAUACUUGCAGGACCCAAAGCUUUUCAGCCAUGCCGGCAAACUGAAAUCACUUCCCUGGCGUUUGGCUCUGUUGUUGCAUUCUUGGGCGCGUGCGUGUUCUGCCGCCGAUCAGUCAGGCACGGCUUGGAGCAGAGAGCUUUCUCGCGAAGUCGUGGAGCCGGCUAAAGCUAUUUUCGAUUAUUUGUCCUUGCAGUCUCAACUGCUCGCGCCGGGAUCCAACCUCGUCAGCCCCUUGGACACGCACGACUUGCGCGAGCUUGCUGCGCAGAGGUAUCCGUAUCUUAUCACUUUGAUCGAAACCGACACUCUCCCAACUGCUCGCGCAGAAGCUGCCCCUGCCAAUUCGUUGCCGGAUGCUAGCCCGUCUUUCACUGUUUGGUGGGAAGCCCUUUCCCCGGACAACAAACUCUAUGCUUUCGUUGCUGCGCACUGGGUUCUCACGAGCGCAAGCACAAUCAUGGUUGACCAGGGGACCUUGCUGAAGAAACUUCAUGCAAAAGACACAGGCGUGGCAUUACCAAGAGAUGCUGCCAAGCCAUAUUGCCAAAACGCGUUUUUGCUUCUGAAAUAUUGCCAGUUGGCAGCCUUGACCAGGACCUCCGAAAAGGCGGCUCACAGGCUGCGCAAAAGAAAGCCUCCGCAAUGCCCAACUUCCCAAGUUGCAUUUUCAAAUUUGCUGCAUCUUUUCCAGCACAAGCAGGCGAACAGCUUGGCGGAGUACGCAGAAUCCUGCCUAACGGUGACCGCGUCUAUCUCCAGUCUGUAUGCUGCCGACUUGAAGGUCCUGUUGCCGCCCGAUUUCGAUGUCCCGCGCAUGGAGCAGUGCUUGCAGCUGCUCACGCAAUACGCCACUGACGCCCGCCCUUUCGAGCACAGUGCCAAAAUUCUGAAUGUCAAAUCCCAGCGCGUGGCAGCCAAGCAGGUAGCGCCUAACAAUCCUCGUCCUCCGCCUCCAGGAACCGAGAUGUUAGCCGGGGCCACCCACAGCGACGCGUGCUCUUCGUUGAUGUACCCAGGGUCCCUCAGUUUGUUGCCUGCUUUCGUUCUCGCGUUCCACCACGCGGAUCCUGCAUGUCGAGCGUCUGUGGCGCACGCAUUGCUGCAACAACAAUGUUUCCAUCUUCACCUGUCUGAAAGGGACUGCGACUUUAUUCUUGGCAAGCUUCUCCGACGUGCCCCGCAUUGGCUUGGAGCUGAGUGCCACUUGCCAAAACACAUUCCCACGAGAUGCGUUCAACCAGACGUGAAACAUUGUCUGACGUGCCACGCACAUCUCAAAUGUGCCGCCGCUCGCGCAGUGCCUUGUGCGCUUGGCUUGCAUUGCGUGGAACAGGUCCUGCUCCUCAGCUACUCUUGCUGCUCCUGCAGUCGCUCUUAUUUUGGACCGUGGGUUGAAGGCAAAGAUGCAACUGGUGCGCGGGCUAGGAUGCUAGUGCAAGACAACCCACGCUACUUCUGCAUCACGCAAAACAUCGUCUUUGCGACAGCUUUCUUGGACCAAGUCACCGACAUUCUGCUUCAUUGCGGCGGUUCUUUCCGAGGCAUUGUGAAUGUGCUGCGGCCCAAGCUCCACAUGAAAAUUCGAACGCUGGAGAAGCAUCUCCGCGAUUCGUGGCUGCAAUACUCCGUGUGCAAGUUUUUGACAAACAAUCGCACUUCCAUCAAUUGCUUUGUCGGCAAGAAUGGCAUGGAACCCUGGUGCCGUGGACUCGAAGACCAGGUGCUUCACCAAUUUCAGCGUCGCUGGCUCCUGCAACACCAGUGUUCCAAGUGCGAACGAGGCAUUCUAGGCGUGGACGGCAAUGCCAAAGUUCGUAGCAAACUGUGCGCCAACACGGAUGCGGGCGUAUGGGAUUGCAGGCCUCUGAACGCCCAUUGCCGGACUGGAUGCCAGAGUGCUCCCAUUCCUAGUCGAAAAUAUUGCGCCGUGCACCUCCGAGAUGCUGACCCGAUUUUUGGUUGCGAUCUCAUUUUGCAAAUGAUCCUUUCCUUCCUCGCAACGACAGCAACCCUGCUUUCUCGCACCGAAGCUGGUCGCCACAAGUCGCCAGAUAUUGUCGCGCUUUUCCCGCUUUGUCGACGAACGCGGAAAGCGUUGAGUUUUGCUGUGAGCCACGCUAAGCUUCAAUAUCCAGUUUCGCUUCUUUCUGUCAAACGUAUUCCGCGUUCGCGGCGGUAUGCUUUCCAAACCAAGACAGGCCAAGCCUUUUCGCUAUCAAGCGCCUUGGUUCCCACGCACUACCAACAGCAAUAUGGUCAAUCCUUGUUGGAGCCCGUUUCACGAGAGUGCCAAUCAAAGCCACGCGUCGGACAUCAAGUCCAGUUCUCUGCGUCCGAGAAAAAUGACGCGUGUCGCCGGCAAUGGGAAAAAUCUCGUGCAGCACGGCGCAGUGGGGGCGUUUUAGCCGCUGUCAAGGAAUGCCAAAUCAUCAGCGCCAUCAAGCUCGUGUACACCCACGAAUCCCCAACAGGGGUCUACUUUUUCUUGGCUGAGCUGUUUGAGUUUCUGUCUGCCGGCCGCAAUGUCAAUUUGAAGACUGCCAAGCGGAAGACUCGCCUGCGAACACUUCAGCAAACCAUGCCGCUGGUCUUUAACGAUUGCGCGUGCACGUUGCAGCGCUUCAUGGCUUCCAAGAAACGACGCCGCAUGAGCAAAGUUGCUCGUACCCUCAGCCGGCUUCGCCUUGUCAUCGACAAGUUCCAUUUUCGCAAAGGGCACAGCGGCUGCAAGCCUGAUGGCACUCGCCCGUUUCCCAAAACGUGGCCUCAGACGCAUGCCUCGAGCUUCCCCAACAUUAAUGACAGCGCAGCUGAACAAUCUUUUGCGUUUGUUCGCAAAAUUGCGGUGGCGGCGCGGCGCAUGACUCCAGUGCGUGGCCUUCUCUUCCUUGCGUCAUUGCUGCACGCUCGCAAUGUACAACUCGAACUCAUGGGGAUCAAAAAGGCAGAACUGGCAGCGGCCAAGAAGCGAAAAUUCAUGGCGCGCCGCAACUUCCAGGAUGCAGUGGAAACGCUGCCAUUUCGACGACCAGCUUCGCACCGGUCAACCGGGCAUUCCGCCGGUCAACCGGGCAACCGCCCCGGUCAGCCGGUCAACCGGGCAACCGCCCUGGUCAGCCGGUCAACCGGGCAACCGGGCAACCGGGGCAACGAGCGCUGCAGCUACUGCGUGGUGCCCUUCACGCGCGGAAGCGAACAGUCACGGCCCAUGAGCUCCAUCCGGCGCGAGGUGGAAACGUUGGGGGACGAGGGCUUUCGAGAAGUGACGCUCCUAGGGCAAAACAUCGAUGCCUAUGGCCGAGACUUCACACCCCGAAGGACCUUCGCAGAUCUUCUGCGUUCUUUGUCUGACUUGGACAUCUCACGGAUCCGUUUCCUCACGUCACACCCCAGGUACAUCUCUGAUGACUUGAUCCGAGCCGUGCGAGACGUUCCCUCGGUGUGUGAGCAGUUCCACAUCCCCUUCCAGUCUGGUGAUGACGAAAUCUUGCGACAGAUGGACCGUGGCUACACCGCGGAACGCUACAGGCGCAUCGUGGACAACAUCCGCCGCGCGAUGCCAACUGCAGGGCUCUCGGCCGAUGCCAUUGUGGGCUUUCCGGGGGAGACAGAGGAGCAAUUCCAACGCACCCUUCAGCUGGUGGAGGAAAUUGGCUUCUUGACCGUCAACCUGGCUGCCUAUUCUCCGCGGCCCAACACGUUGGCGGCGCAGCGGCCAAAUCAGGUGCCAGAGGAGGACAAGAAGCGACGCCUGCAGCAGCUGAAGGACGUAGUGCAGCGCUGCUCUUUGGAGCAGAGUCGUCGCAUGCGGGGCCAGG